AUGGCCCACAACCAGAGCCAAUCUGGAAGCCACUCACAUGGCUCCGCCCACCGCGGAGGAGGCCGCAAAGAUGACCGUAGAAGUGAUGGCCAAGGCGACGGCAAAAGCUCAAAGCGUGUGGAUAACAAGUCUAGCGCAGGAAGCGCACAAUCUGCCUCUUCUUCAAAAGAUCACCACUACGAUCCCCAGUAUGAUCCACAUUACGCGCCAGUGGCUCGCCCGAUGCUUAACGACUUUACGCAUCUGGCGAAUGCAGUGAACAAUCCCGCUUUAAGCGUGGGAAUUUUACCCUCGCAUGAGGUAGUCGACGCGUCUCGCUCUGGACCUGAUGCGGUGCGUCGCUCCUUCGGCAGCAGCGGGUUUAGUGCACCUCGAGCGGGCCAAGCACACCAAGUCCAGUAUGCAAUGUACCCGCCCCAAGCGCAGCAAGCCUUCCACCUAUCGUCGGGAUAUGACCACACCGGGCCUUACAACGCUAUCGGUCAUGUCCGAGUUAAUGGACAAGUGUACGAGGACUCCGAAUUGUACGAAGAGUACAGGCCAUGCGACCAGGGCGAAGAACUCGACGACAACCAUAGCGGAGAUUGGUAUAACGUAGGAAGUAAUGUGUCCUACUAA